CCGGCUGAAGCACGUGGAGACCGGGCGUAACUGGCAGGCUUGAGUCCCCGGGGAACGAGGGGGCGGAGAGGGCACUGAGUCACUCGCUCACCGACUUCCAUCCCUGCGAGAUAGAGCACAAAAAAAAACAAAAAACACAACGCAGCAAACAGCCGCGGAGUUAAGGAACGGGACGGGUGUCCGGCGCUGGAAGGAACCUCAUGGAGUGGUCGAGCUCCUGCUGGCAGCUCCCGCUGGGGCUUUGGAUCGCCUUCUCCGCCUUCAGCGGCAUCCGAGGUGAUUUCUGUGAUGUAAAUCAGUGCCAGAACGGAGGGACUUGCCUCAAGAGUCUAGAAGAUCAGUCUCCUUUCUUCUGUAUCUGUGAAGACGGCUUCACUGGCCCGACCUGCAAUGAAACAGAGAAAGGUCCCUGCCAUCCAAAUCCAUGCAAGAAUGAAGGGGAAUGCAGGUUACUUCCCAAUCGGGGUGAUGCCUUCAGUGAAUACAUGUGCAUAUGUCGUCCCGGGUAUAAUGGCAAACACUGCCAGAACAAUGUGAACGAAUGCGUUUCCCAGCCCUGCAAGAACGGAGGGACCUGCCUGGAUCUGAAGGGCAACUUCGACUGUAAAUGCCCCUCGCCCUUCGUGGGGAAGACCUGUCAGAUGCGCUGCAAAGAUGAGUUGGGCAUGCAGACAAGAGCUAUUGCAGACACCCAGCUUACAGCAUCAUCGAUGUAUUACGGCUUCCUGGGCGUGCAGCGCUGGGGCCCUGAACUCGCUCGCCUCCACAACGGAGGAGUUGUGAACGCCUGGACAGCCAGCAGCUAUGACAAAAAGCCUUGGAUUCAGGUCAAUCUCUUGAAAACGAUGUUCCUCUCUGGGAUUGUUACUCAAGGGGCAGGCCGUGGAGGAUUUUCAGAGUAUGUUGAGACUUACAAAGUUUCCUACAGUCUAGAUGGACGAGUAUUUCAAUUCUACAAAGAUGAGAACCAGAAUCAGGAAAAGAUUUUCUCGGGCAGUCAAGACAAACAUACCCCAGCGACCAACAUGUUUAAUUCUCCAGUCGUCGCCCAGUAUUUCCGAAUCCACCCAGGGAAGUGCUAUCGUGGCUGCACGAUGCGGUUUGAAUUGAUUGGCUGUGAAAUGAAUGGUUGCUCGGAUCCGCUGGGCAUGAAGUCCCAUCACAUCUCUGACCGGCAGAUCACAGCCUCCAGUGUGUACAAGACUUGGGGCAUAAGUAGGAUGUCUUGGCACCCUUACUACGCCCGCCUUGAUAACACUGGGAAAUCCAAUGCCUGGACUGCCCUCACCAACAAGGCAGGCGAGUGGCUUCAGAUUGAUCUUCAGAAAUUGAAAAAAGUGACUGGGAUCAUAACGCAGGGAGCACGAGAUUUUGGGCACAUUCAAUAUGUAGCAGCCUACAAAGUAGCCUACAGCAAUGAUGGGAAAAUCUGGACUUUCUACCGCGACAACAGGACAAACAGCAUCAAGAUAUUCCAAGGCAACCAUGACAACAAUUCUCACAAGAAGAAUGUGUUUGAUGCGCCCUUCUAUGCCCGCUUUAUCCGCGUCUUCCCCGAGGCUUGGCACAACCGCAUCACAUUGAGAAUGGAACUUCUGGGAUGCGACGAGUAGAUGGUUGACCAUAGGAGAGAUGGUGUCAAGAAUCGGACUGCUCCACGUCUCCCCACGGAUACUCUUUCCCUUCCCCCCCGCAAGAGAUCCCGUGGGGCUUUCAGCUUCCAUCAACAUCAUCAUCUCCUCCAUCUUUUAUUUUUGCACCGUUCGUAAGAAUGUCUUAUCUUUCACAGGUUGGGCAUUGCCAAGCUUUUAGAGGUGAUAACCAGGAGCUGGUGAAAGAAGGAAUUUUAGUAUGUCCUACCUGGUUCUUUUCUGCCCCUUCUUGCUUUCUCAAAUUAUGCGCCUGGCUCUUUGAGGCAUGGUUGCCCGGUCUGUAGGAUCGCAGUAUGGCCUCCUCAGUGGGUUCCCAACACUGCACUUUAAGGACCCUUUUCUGUGGCAGGGCUCUCUAUUUUUAAAGUCCUGCCAAGGUUUGGGUUCUCCUGGAGCAUGACCAAACACUGUAGAUUUAAAUGAGUUUAGCAGUCAUUCUUUCUCUCCAAGGCACCCUCAAAACUAUAAUUUGGGGAAGCUUUGAGCUCUCUAGCAGAGGUCCUCCCUUCCUCUAGAAAUUACAGUUCCCAGGAUUCUGUUUUUAGACAGCUGCUGAUCCAGCCAAUUCCCACCUGUGCUUCUAUUUAACUAUGCCACCAUGAGGGCUAGAAACUUGUAUUUCCUUUUUUAGCCACGAGAAUGAGAUUUUUUCACUGGCGUGAAUUCUGUUUUUAGACAGCUGAUGUGCAUUUUAUGGACAAAGGAACAGGUAGUUUUGCCAUCCCGGUUUUGAAAAUUAAAUAGAUGUGCCCAGUUUUGUGUACGCAUAGAUAUAUAUAUUGUUCCACUCCAGUUGCUGAGGGAGAAUAAGUCAUCUUUGCUAAUCCUUCUGCCUGAGGAACGUACAUCACAAUCCUCUCAGCUCCAGCCAGUUCCCACCUGUGCUUCUAUUUAACUUUGCCACCAUGAGGGCUAGAAACUUGUAUUUCCUUUUUAGCCACGAGGAUGAGAUUUUUCACUGGCGUGAAUUCUGUUUUUAGACAGCUGAUGUGCAUUUUAUGGACAAAGGAACAGGUAGUUUUGCCAUCUUGGCCUGAGGAACGUACAUCACAAUUCUCUCAGCUCCAGCCAAUUCCCACCCGUGCUUCUAUUUAACUCUGCCACCAUGAGGGCUGGAAACUUUAUUUCCUUUUUUUUUUUAAGCCACGAAAAUGAGAUUUUUCACUUGCACGUAUCCUGCUGUUUUGUCGUUUUGUUUUUUUUUAGCUUCCCACCCAGGCUCUUCUGAAGCCACUCAAUCUCUUCCUCUCCCCCAAGUACGUAGGCAUUUUGCUGACUAAAAGAACUGGAAGUGUUUUUCUCUCUUCCCCUCUAUCCUUCUCACAGCUGCCACCAAGGAUUCUACACCGUCAUGUCAACUCCGUGCUUGGCAGAGACGCUAAGAAGAAACAGAAUUUUCUGGAGGGGAAGAAAAAACAUUUUUUUUCUUUAGAAAAACGCAAAUAGAUGCAGACCGUUCUUUGAGGGAGGGGAGGGUUGGGACAUAUGUCUUUCUGUAGUCGGUGGCUGGCUUUGGGGUGGAAUGGGGAGAAAUGAGGAUGUGGGUUCUGGAAGUAAUUAACCCCAGAGCAAAGGAAUCCAAAGUUGUAAGCAAUUCCGAUGACGGCUGUGACUUCGCAAUGGGAUGCAGUGUUAAAGAAGGACGGGCAAUAUUAAAAACAAGAACUCUG